AUGAGGCACCUCUUGACUCCUGCGACACCGCCACCGUCCCCCGCGUUGAGCGGGGGCGGGCCGGCGAUGCCGUCUGUCUCCAUCGUGGAGGAGUACUACACCAGCAAGAAGGGCCCCUUGUUCGCCACCGCUGUGGUAGCCGGCACCAACGCCGUUAAGCAGGUGAGCUCGCUCGUCCCCUUUUGCUAUCCGACGCCGAUCCAGCGUUGCUCUUUCACCUUCCGUCGUCGCCAGGUGCUCCAGCCGCCGCGACCAGCGCAGAUGCCACAUCGGGUGGUGCUGCGUCGCCGAACCUCGGAGCCGGGCCCGCAGCAGAGUCGGCCCGAGUACAGCGUCCUCUACUGCUUCUGCACCGUCGCCACGGAGAACAAAGGAGGGGUGGAGAUGGAGGCGCUGACGGGGGCUAUGAUGGCCAGCGUCACCCUCUACGACAUGCUGAAGGGCCUGCCAGGAGCACAGGAGGAUGGCUUGAGCCUGGGGGAGGCCUUCGUACUUGCCAAGCGUGGCGGCCGCAAUGACUUCACCAAGCUGCUGAUGUCCGAGCCUGAGUGCCCGCUCGUGGAGAGCGGUCUGCGCUCUGGAGGAUCGGGAAUGCACGCCCCCCCGCCUAUCAGCGGCGCUGUGAGUGGGGGUGGUGUACAACCACCUACAGGCACCACGCAUGCAUCGUCAUCUGCCGAGACGCGUACCGGUACUUCGAGGGCAGCAACGCCGGAGGCCAACGGACAUGCUUCGGCAGGUGCAGAGCAAGCGCGAACGGAGAGCCAAGAAGCGUCUGAAGAGGUGACUGAAGCGGAGGACGACCACUCAGCAGCAAAGCGUGUGAUACGCCGUCCAGCGCCUGCGGCAGCGACCGCCCAUGACGUCGUCGACGGCUCUGCUGCCCCUGGCGAUGCUGACGCGUGGUGGCGCUCAUCAAAGCAUGAGAAGAGGUUGCAAGAGCUCUACCCGCGUCGCAAAUACGGUGACAAUGCACGCCUCGUUCCACCGGGCCCCACGUCCGUGACUCCGGUCAGCUCUGUAACGAGGGCACGCACGCGCACUAGCCCUUCGGGGUCCUCAGACAGCGGCGCUGAGGUGGCUGCGGCACCUGCUGCUGUCUUGGCUGCGCGGCCGAAGCUGGCGUCUAAGGCGAGUAUGAUCCGCGAUGGACAAGCCUCCGCAGCAGGCAAGGGGCCAGCCGCAACGGCCGCGCUGCCCAAAGCCGCUCGCAGGCCUGAGCCUACAGGCAGCAUCGAUGAGGCAGAUGAGGCUGACGAGGAGGACGACAUGAUAGAGCACCGCCGGCCACCGAAUCGCUCCCGGCUGGCCAAGAAGUCUGCACGGGCAGCUGUUUCCGCAGUCGAGGUCGACGAUGAGGAUGAUGGUAAGUCGGCAGCCGCAGCUGAAGCGGAGGAGGAGGAGGAGGCUGAGGAGGAGGCGGUGACGACGACAGCCACUGCAGUCUAUGAGGCCGACGAAGAGGAAGGGGCGGCGAUGACGGCAGCCGCCAAAAAGCGCAGGCGCGGCACGGCGGUCACCGCGGCGCCCAAGAGCCACGCCACCACUAUCGCCGCCAAGUCGUCGUUCUCUGGAAAACGCACCCAGACAGGGCACAAGCGUUACCUUGCAGAGAUGGAAGAUGAGGCUGCAGUCGCUGAAGAGGACGAGGACACGGCAGAGGACGACGAAGGUGCGGACGAGGAGGCGCGCAUGCCGGUCAAGGGCAGUGCAGCGGCAGCCGCACGCAAAGCGCAUGCCCACGGCAGCGUGACAGGAAAGCGGGCUGGCAAGGCCGCCAUCGAGGUUCCCUCGCGUAGCAUUGGGGCCAGCGGCCGCAAGCAGCGCGCGGGACGCGUUACGCCGAGAAAAAGUCGAGCGUCCGCGGAGCCGGACGACUAUCAUGGCGCCGAGGACAUGAGUGCCCCUGAGGAGAAAGAGAAUGUCGAGGAGGGCGACACUGCCGCAGGGGAGGAUGACGACGAUGCCGUCUCUCUCGCUGUUGACAGGCGGCGUGGUAAAGCGGCGGUGAAGCAGAUCCGCCCAGCCGCGCCGAAGAAGGGCGGGACCAUGCGGCCUGUCCGGCACGACUCCUGGGAUGUCGGCUUCAGUCGGCGGAGCCGCCACGUCGCUGGCGACGGCGAUGGCGACGAAGAGCACGAAGACGCAGUGGAGGAGGAGGAGGCGGCGGCAGAGACUAUCGAUGAGGAAGGCGAAGGGGACGAGGCGGAGGACGUGCCACCACUACCGCCGCUGCGCAAGAAACUGAAGAAGCCGCUGAAGCGUGCAGCACCGAAGAGGCGGUAG